CACUGGCUGGAGUUCACCAAGUCGGUUGUGAAGCAGAUGCGAGCCCAGCCCCCCUUCACCAUGUGCUUCCGAGUCAAGUUCUACCCCACGGACCCCGCGGCGCUGAAGGAAGAGAUCACCAGGUACCUGGUGUUCCUGCAGAUCAAGAGGGAUCUGUACCACGGCCGGCUGCUGUGCUCUGGUCCUGCCCCUCUUCCCCACUGGAUCUGUCUCCCACCAGCUGAGAUUGGGGACUACGACCCGGGGAAGCACCCAGAGGGCUACAGCUCCAAGUUCCAGUUCUUCCCCAAGCACUCGGAGAAGCUGGAGAGGAAAAUCGCAGAGAUCCACAAGUCAGAGCUGAGUGGGCAGACUCCGGCCACUUCGGAGCUGAACUUCCUCAGGAAAGCACAGACUCUGGAGACCUACGGGGUCGACCCACACCCGUGCAAGGACGUGUCCGGCAACGCCGCCUUCCUGGCCUUCACCCCCUUCGGCUUCGUCGUGCUGCAGGGCAACAAGAGGGUGCACUUCAUCAAGUGGAACGAGGUGACCAAGAUGAAAUUCGAGGGGAAGACUUUCUAUCUGUACGUAAGCCAGAAGGAGGAGAAGAAAAUUGUUCUCACCUAUUUUGCCCCGACACCAGAAGCCUGCAAACACCUCUGGAAGUGUGGGAUCGAGAACCAGGCUUUCUACAAGUUGGAGAAGUCGAGCCAGGUGCGGACGGUGUCCAGCAGCAACCUGUUCUUCAAGGGGAGCCGCUUCCGCUACAGGUAAAUCCUGGCGCAGGUGAAUCCCAGCAC